GUCAAACACAAAUCACCAGGAAAAACAUCUUUUGCAACGCCGCGAAAAAGUGUUUCGUGAAUAGUGUUCCAAUUGUUUGUUAAACGUAAAAUUUGUACCUCGCCGUGUACCAUGGCGGACGAAGGUAACGAAGACAGUUGGUUGUACGGCAAUUCGGCCCAGGAUGGUCUAGCGAGCGACUCAGCCGCGACCAACGACGCUGAUGCUACGGCAGGCGGCAAGGACAGCGCGCUAUGGGAUGAACAUGAAGAAUCACAAACCACAACCAGGGAUGCCGGUGAUUUGGAGAAUAAACGACGUGGAUCGAACGAUCUCAACAAUGCACCGGAUGGCGAAAAUGGACUUUCCGCCCAGAACCAGCAGUGUGAUGACAAUGCGAUGGAUUCGAGCGAUCUGCAUCAGCGAGAGGGUGAUGCACAUGCCCCAGACGAGAGUAUGGAUGAUUCGCAUCUGAUGGACGACGAUAGGACGGAAAGCGAGCUGCGGGAGGAAGAAAGAUUGUCCGCCAAGCGUAAACCGACGGAGUCUGCUGGUGCUGAUAAAGACGAAGCGGACGGCGAAGGUGAGGAAGGAGAGAAGUUGGAUGAAACGAACAAAACGGAUUCGGGCGAUGGGAAGGAUAAUGUUGACGAUAGUGGAAAGGACAAGGGAGGCUUGAGCGACAUGGAGAGCGACAUCGAUAGUGAUGAGGACGAUGAUAUUAAUGUCGUGAUCGGAGACAUCAAAUCGGGGCCAAGCUACAACAUCAUCAAACAGCGCGGUCCCAUAAUGCCAAACCAGACGGCAUCGAAUGCGGCGGGCGUGACAGAUAAAACGAAACAACCGGCCGGGAAGUUUAGCAUGGAAGAGUUUGAAAGUGUGGGCACGAUCAAUGGUGUGCCAGCGCACGAGUUCAGUAUCGACUCGUUGGACGAGAAACCCUGGCGCAAACCGGGUGCGGAUAUUACGGACUAUUUCAAUUAUGGAUUCAAUGAGGAAACUUGGCGAUCGUACUGCGAGCGACAAAAGCGCAUGAGACAGCACGAGAGCGGUGUCGGUAUGGCGGGACUUACGAUAAACAACCCACAAGCAGCACCUCCCAUGGGCAUGAUGCGAGACAUGAGACGGUCGGGUGGUCCUAUGGGCGGAGGACCGAUGGGUGGACCGCGAAAGAUGAACGGACCGAUCGAAGUGAUCGGCGGAGGGCCUGGCGGUCCGAUGGGUGGUGGCCCAAUGGGAGGAGGAGGAGGUGGUGGAGGACGAAGGGACGAUGGCAUGCCGAUGUCGAGCCAACCGAAGGAGAACGUCAUUCAGGUGAUGACGGCGGACCGCAGAGAGUACAGUCGAACGGUGGUUGGAAAUAAGUACGACCCAUCGAUGGGAGGAGGUCCACCAGGGUUCGGAGGGGGACCGCCGGACUUUUACCAUCCCGAACCGGAUUACGCUGACUACUACGAUCCGAUGCAGGAAUCGCAGUGGGGGAAUGACAAUGGCAAUUGGCAACCUUCCGGUAUCAAAACGCUUACUCCGUGCCCUCCGAUGAUGCACCCGGGCAUGGGCGGAAUGGGCCAACAGCAGCACAUGGACAUGAUGGGUGGUGGAGGAGGAGAGCGGAUGGUAAUGCCUCCACCACAGCAGAUGCAGCAGGGUAUGGUGCCGGGACCGGGUAUGGGUCAAGGCGGUGGUAGAUUGCAUCCGCCCGGAAUGGUUCCAGGAGGGCCGCGUGGCGACAUGCGCAAUCCCAACGAUCGCAAACGAGGAGACCCCCGCGAACGGGACCGUGAUCGGGAACCGCCACGGAGAGAUCGUGAGCGUGAUCGUGGUCGGGACCGGGAACGCGAACAUGACCGGGAACGUGACCGUGAUCGCGAACGGAAAGAACGAGAAAGAGGCGACCAUCGAUCAGAACGGGACGCAAAUCAUGUUACGCCGAAGGAAGAAUUGCCAGUUGAUCCCGUGUUGGGUGCUGGAGUGGUUGUCGCACCCGUACCGAUAGCAACCGGAUCCACAUCGUCCACAUCUCGCGACGACAAAGAUAAACGUUCCACGAAGCCGGACCGUCACAAGGAUCGCCACCGAGAACGGUCCCGCAGUCGCGAAAGAUCCAAAUCGAGACGUUCCGAUCGGAGUCGAGAGCGCGAGCAGCGACACAGCCGUGAUAAGAAAAAGUCACACCGGAAGGACAAAGAAGAAGGAGAAUGAAUGUCGGAAGCGUGGCGUUAACGUUCGAACAGAGGGUUGCAGAAAUAUUAGCAUUUAGUUUACCGUGUGGAACUGCUGAAAAGGUCGAUAAAACACGUUAGGGAAGCCGUGCUGCGUAAUUCUAACGAAAACAAACUGGAACAUACAUUCGUAUGUUAGAUGUAAGUAAGAUGGAUGUUUCGUACAAUGUAGGUAAAAAUAUAAAACAUCGGAAAAUGAGAA